AUGGAACAGGGUGUACCCCUUGACGAGACGUUCGCCGAGAUUCUCGAAUACCAUGGCCGGAGUUAUCAGCAAUAUUCCCUGACAAACGCGACAUAUUUUGUACCCAUCGAUGAGGACGAGAUUGCACGCCUCGAGUUGAUGCACGGAGUGCUCAACAGCGUGUUCGACAACAGACUAAUAUUCCCUCCUGUUAGGAAUCCAAGAAGGAUCCUUGACUGCGGAUGCGGAUCCGGAGACUGGGCCGUGGACGUGGCCGCACAAAACCCCAACGCGGAGGUUUUGGGCAUAGACGUGAGCCCGCACAUGAUCCCAGAGAAUCCGCCAGACAACCUCGAACUGCAAGUCGACGACCUCAACGCACGGUUCACGUUCCGGUCCAACCAUUUCGACCUUGUCCACAGCCAAAUGAUGGCUGGAGGUAUCCACGCGAAUCGAUGGCGAAGCUACAUCCGAGAUAUUUUCCGAGUCCUGCGGCCGGGGGGGUGGUGCCAAAUGGUCGAAAUAUACUUCAACGCUCAAUCCGAUAACGGAACAUUAACCAGAGGCGAGCAUAUUGGACGCCUAGGAUUCAAAUAUUUGCAGAGUGCGCAGCCCUACAAGGACCCUCGGGCACCGCUGCAGCUAGCGAAUUGGAUGAGGAGCGCGGGUUUCACCGAGAUCGAAUCAAGGCUGUUGACGCUGCCGAUGUGCGCUUGGUCGAAUGAUCCUCGAGACUAUAAUAUCGGUUGGGCGAAUAACGAAAAUGUGAACUUGAUGCUGUACUCGCUGGCGCUGUAUCCUUUCACUCAGCUCCUCGGAAUGACGUUAACCGACUUCCAACUGCUAAUCGCGCAAGCAAGGAGUGAGGCGGGUAACCCGGCCUUCAAGGCGUAUUUUCCCAUCUAUGUUUGCAUUGGCCGGAAGCCACGUCGAUGA